AUGAGGAAUGGGAACAACACGGCAGUUUACUUCAUCAACCUGUCCAUCUCUGAACUGCUCUACACAAUCUCUAUGCCUGUGUGGAAUAAGCUGAGCCUCUGGCAGGGGCCUCUGGGUGGUAUAUGCAGUUUUACAGCUGUGAUCACGCACAGCAGCUUUGAUGUAUGCUCUGGCCUCCUUUGCUGCAUCUCCGUUGAUCGUUUCCUAGCAGUGGUCUAUCCUCUCUACUUUCACUGGGUCCGAGAGGUGCGGACAGUAGUAGUUGUGAGUGUUGCUGUUUGGACAUUGGAAAUUUUCAUCCACAUCAUCUUGCUUGACCACACGGGGGCACUGCAAGCUUUCUUCUCAAAAGACUUGUGUGAGGUGCAAAUUCCCAUGACACAGGAAGAUGCCAACCUUGCCCUAACACGAGUCACCCUGGGUUUCUUGGUCCCUAUCUUCAUCAUGACCUUUUGUUUUCAGCAGAUCAUGCAAUCGCUCCGAGAAAACCCCUCCAUCCUGACAAUGGAGCGCAGGAAAGUGGGACUGCUGUUGUUUUUCCUUCUACUGACCUACAUAGUGGCCCUUAUACCCUACCAGACUGUCAUGCUGCUCAGGGCCAUACUGGAGCCAGGGGACUGCUUCUGGGCAACGAGGCUCAGAGAUCCGUACCUGGUCACAGUUACCAUGACCACACUAAGGAGUAUACUGGAUCCUAUAAUAUAUUGUUUUAUCAGUAAUCGCGCUCGGAAAGAGAUUAGAAAAGCUGUAGAGAAAUGUCGGAGAGUAUUUCUGAGGAGGAAAUGGUCAGAGAGUUCUAAUCAAAUCCAGUCAGUUUCCUAA